UUAACAACAAAUUGUGCUGACAGUCUCUUUAGUCAAAUUGAGAAUAUCACAGUUCAAGUGCUCUCACUAGAAGUAGUAAUACGGUAUAUAGACAUGGUGCUGAAUGCCCAGGAGCAGCUUCUGAAAAUUGAAACAUUAGGUACAGAUGAACUGGCAUCUUAUGGGAACACAGUGCUGACUAGGACUGAGAAACUGGUGUCUAAACUGGUGAAGCCAACAGAGACCACUGACUCAGUUAACAUCUCUAUGAACAGCUUAGAUGUUCAGGUCUUUGCAGUUGGACCAAAAGCCUCCUUGAAAGAAAUCCUUCAGCUCAGCCUAAACAAUGCACAGAUGGAUAUCGACCUUAUCCAGAUUUCAAUGAAUAACAAUGGAUCAGCUGCUGUGGCCUUCAUGAGCUUCACCAACAUGCCAAGCAUGCUGCAACCCAGUGUCUUCAAAACAGCUACCAACACAUUAAAAACCAUGGUGUCAAAUGUGGUGUCAGCAACACUGCCCAAAACCACCAACAUACAGCUCACCACACCGGUCAACUUCACCCUGAAACACACUGCAGAAAUCAGCCCAAACAGUGUGCUGUCCUGUGUGUACUGGAAUAAGACUGAAUGGGUUGUAGAUGGGUGUUCCCUCCUCCAGACCAACAGCAGCCACUCUCUUUGCUCCUGUGUCCACCUGUCAACCUUCGCUCUCAUCAUGCAGACCAACCCACCUAAAGGAGAUGAUAGAGACCCUCUCUUGGACCUGCUCAACACAUUGGCAGUGGCCGUGGGCCUGGUGUUCCUGAGCUUGGCUCUGCUGACCUUUGCUCUUUGUCGUCAACACCUGAGAGUGAACGCUGCUCCUCUGAUAAACCUGUGCAUCAGCCUGUUUCUGGCUCACCUCCUCUUCCUUCUAACACAGACAUUCCUGCAGUACAUACGGACUAAUCAGCUGCUGUGUGCAGUGCUGGCAGGUGUUCUGCACUUCCUCUUCCUCUCUGCUUUUGUGUGGAUGUUCAUUGAAGCUGUGCUGCUGUUCCUCUCAGUGAAGAACCUCAAAAAGAUCAGAUCAAAGCAGAAGGAGAUGCUUGCUUGGAAAUAUCUGCUAGUGAUUGGAUACGUCAUUCCUCUGACUGUGGUGGGCGUGUCUGCUGGACUGGUUCCUGAUGGCUACGGCAGUCAACAGUGCUGGAUUAAGACGGACAAGAACUUUGUGUGGAGCUUUCUGGGUCCAGUGUCUUUUAUUCUUACAUUCAACUUGAUCCUCUUCAUCAUCAUCAUCCUCACUCUCAGAACCACCCUGGCAGGACGGAACACUGAACAUUCCAAAAUCAAAGAAAUCAAAACUCUUGUCUUUAAAACCCUGAUCCAGAUUGUCAUCCUCGGCUGUCCCUGGAUUCUGGGGUUCUUUGUAAAUGGCAGUAAGGUGCUGGAGAUUCUCUUCCUGUUCCUCAACUCCCAGCAGGGCACCUUCAUCUUCCUGGUCCACUGUGUCUUCAACCAUGAGGUGAGACUGCAGUACCGGAAAUGUCUGACAACUUUAUGUCCCCCCUUCAAACCUCCAACUACGACGGACGAUCAGAACAGAAGGAAAGGAGCUCCACGUUUACAGCCUCUUUAA